GCAGCGCGGGUCGUAAUAGCUGCUCUAAGAUAAAUAUUACAACAAAUAAACUAAAUACACAUGCUGUUUUGGCUUUAAUUAAAUGUAAUUUAUCCGGUUUUAGUACAUUAGAUACAGUAUUUUUAUAUAUAUACAUUUUGCUAGAUAGUUAGGAAUGGCCGACAUCGACAAGCUGAACAUAGACAGCAUAAUUCAGCGCCUUCUCGAAGUGAGAGGCUCAAAACCCGGUAAAAAUGUUCAGCUGCAGGAAAACGAGAUCCGAGGUCUGUGUCUGAAAUCUCGCGAGAUCUUCCUAAGCCAGCCCAUCCUGCUGGAACUGGAGGCUCCGCUUAAGAUCUGCGGUGACAUCCAUGGACAGUACUAUGAUCUUCUGAGACUCUUUGAGUAUGGUGGCUAUCCACCCGAGAGUAACUACCUGUUCCUGGGGGACUAUGUGGACCGGGGCAAGCAGUCCCUGGAGACUAUCUGUCUUCUGCUGGCCUACAAAAUUAAAUAUCCAGAGAACUUCUUCCUGCUCAGGGGUAACCACGAGUGUGCCUCCAUUAACCGCAUCUAUGGAUUUUACGAUGAGUGUCGACGGCGCUACAACAUUAAGCUGUGGAAAACCUUUACUGACUGUUUUAACUGCUUGCCCAUUGCUGCUAUUGUGGAUGAGAAGAUAUUCUGUUGCCAUGGAGGUUUGUCUCCAGACCUGCAGUCGAUGGAGCAGAUCCGGCGGAUCAUGAGGCCCACAGACGUCCCGGAUCAGGGUCUGCUGUGUGACCUGCUCUGGUCAGACCCAGAUAAGGACGUGUUAGGCUGGGGCGAAAAUGACCGCGGUGUCUCUUUUACCUUCGGCGCUGAGGUGGUGGCCAAAUUUCUCCACAAACACGACCUGGACCUUAUCUGCAGGGCCCACCAGGUGGUGGAGGAUGGAUAUGAAUUCUUUGCCAAAAGGCAGCUGGUAACACUUUUUUCUGCACCAAACUACUGUGGCGAGUUUGACAACGCUGGAGCCAUGAUGAGUGUGGAUGAGACCCUCAUGUGUUCCUUUCAGAUUUUGAAACCAGCAGAGAAGAAGAAGGCCAACACGAGCCGUCCAGUAACUCCGCCACGGAACAUGGUCACCAAGCAGGCGAAGAAAUGAAGCAUAUUUACGGACUUGAUCAUGUUUCCAUCAGUCGCAGCAGUCGUUUCUCUCUGGUGUAGUGGUUAUGUGGACUCCCGUCCAACUCUCAGCAGUCUCAGUUGUUUUUGUCUCUAUUAUCAUCCAUUUUUUAAAAACUUUAUCUACUUUCCCUAUACUGAGGAAGAUCAAAUCAGGCUGGCCUUGAAAACUUCAGGAUUCACAUUUUAGUUUCCCAUGUUCAUAGUUAUGAUGCCUUCACUCUUUUUUGCACCAGUUAAUAAUACAGGGAUCUUUAAUCUAUGGAAGCACUCCGCCACAAUUCAGUUGGUGCAAACUUUGUUGUUUUUGGCUCCCCAGGUACUCAUUCAGACCACUGUGAACAUAUCACAUGUAAAAUGUAUUCACUUUAUAGGAAAUGGCAUUUUUAAAUACGUUUUCAGGCUAGCUUCACACUCCUUUUGUGAAUGUGCCAUGAAAUUUGCUACUCCAUCAGCAGCUCUGGUUAUAUUUUAAGAAAUGUUUUAAGAUUGUCUUAAGCCUUUUUCAAAUUCCUACAGAAAACCCCAUUGAUGCAACUAACAUAAAUCUAUUCAUCUGUAGCACCGUUCGAGUGUGUGUGUGUGUGUGUGUGUGUGUGUGUUUGAGAGAGAGAGAUAAUGCGUGGAUGUAUGAAUUUGAUUAGAUGAAGGAACAGCAGACUUCAGUGCUAUAUCUUUAAAUUUUGACCUGUUUUGGACAUGAUGUCUUGUUUUCUUUUCCUUAUGAGCUGACUUGUUUGGGCUCCAGCAGCUGUCGCAUUUAAUAUAAGCAUGUGGCCGUAUCAGUUUCUCAUAAAAAUUUCCGUUGCAUGCAUUUAAGUGUAGACUUGUAGGACACACAGGGCCGUCACUUUCUCAGGGCAUGCAGGUUCUCGGCAUGUCUUCAGCUCAUGUAGCUUGACGUUAUAUAUGUUUAAACGUUCAACUUCUGCUUCUUUGCUUUGUUUCUGAUGUCUUUCAUAUUUCGCGUCUCCCAAAGCAACUGUGUAUAUACAGGAAGAUUUCUUCAGUCUUGGCAAUAAACUCAAUUUUCCACAUUAUAUGAAUUGUAAUACUUGCUAAAUAAAUUUAAGGGGAACUAAGAACA